CGAAGUGUUAGGGCUGAAAACGUGCCAGUAUGCUAGUCAGGUGUAGCAGUAGGGGGCGAGUGCAGACGAACAAUGCACCUGCGGUGGAGGAUUCGAGCAUUCUACCUCCAGCCCAGUCUGAUUCACCUGUCUCUGUAUCGUCAACUUCAUCUUCGGAAACCGAUUUCACAUCGUCGCCUAGUUCAGAUGCAAAAGCAAACCAUGAGCGAGUCCCUUGCUUCCCCCCGACCACCUUGAAAGGGCGGCUCGGGAUUGUCCUGCCACCUCCACCUGACUUCAGCUUCUCUCCUCCUCAGUCCCCGUUGAGUCCGUUCCACUCGAUCCCCUGGCCAUGGCCUGCUAUUGUCCCUCCAUCGAUUGCAUGCCCUCCUUCCUUGGCCACCCAAUACCUGUCCGAUAAAGAUUCUGACUCGUCAUCCUCAACGUCGUCGUCAUCGCUGUGGCCUUCUGCUUAUGCUACCUCCACGGGGCUUUUUGAUCCCACGGCCCAGCUGGAUGAUGAGGUGAUGAGACUUGUGUUAAGCUUUGUCAGUGACUCCGGGGAUCUGAAGGCUUGUGCACUUGUUUGCAAACGUUGGAUGCGACUUUCUGGGGAACUCCGUCGGGGCGUGAGGGUCAAAGAUUGGCAGUUUGUCUAUAGUGGUCGUAUUUUUGCGCGCUUUCCUAAUCUGACGGACAUGGACUUGACGGAGGCUUGGGUUGAGCGUCAUCAUGGAACCUGUGGGAUAUUGAUGACGAUGAACACUUUGAAGGUCGAGCUUGACGCAGGAGCCACAGACUUGGAUUCCAUAGCCAACUGCAUCGACGAGAAGCGACAACCAUCUGAUGUUGUAGAAGGGGGUCUCAAGAAGCUUGCCAAGUACUACCCCAAUCUGAGGAAGCUGUCAUUUGUCGACCUAGAUACGACAUCCGCCCUGUCACCAGAGGACAGGCUGAGGUUGGUUUCCCGAAGUGGACGGUUCAGUGAGGGUUUCCGCAGGACCAGUGGUGGCGGCGGUGGGCGUAGUAGCAGUUCACGGAGCAGUGGGUGUACGAGCCCCUUGAGCAGCAGCUGCGGCAGUCCUCGUGCUGGUAGCUGCUGUUCAAUGGGUUCACGGAGCACCGCCGUCCGCUCCGGAAUACGGGUCGCCAUGGAGGGCUGUCAGUACCUUCAGUGUUUAGAAGUCCAUCAGUGCACCGAUGCCACGCUGGAGGCCAUUGGUCUGUGCCCGAAUGUGCAGGUCGUUAAAGUCGUGGGGUCUACUGUGGCUGGCAACUUCUUCAAGGCAUCGGUCACAGAUAUCGGCCUGACCUUUCUUGCUGUAGGAUGUUCACGGCUCGUGAAGCUGGAACUCUCCGGUUGUGAUAUCGGGUAUGAGGGUUUAUCUGCCCUUGGUGAGUUUUGUCCCAUGCUAGAAGAACUGGUGCUUAACACAAAAGGAUUUCAUGAUGGUUGGUUGUGGGGCCUUGCAACUUGCAAGUGUCUGAAGAAUCUUAGGCUAGAAGGUGUCAAACAUCUGGAAAGUUCGGCUCUGCGCCAGGGCAGCAGUAUAAGCCUGCAGCAGCAGCAGCCUCAUGUUGUGCCAGCAUUUUGUCAGAGUCUUGAGAGCCUCCAGUUGGUACGAUGUGAUCUAAGGGUGGAGGCAGCAUUUGAGGCACUCCUGCAGUUAUGUGUGAAAGUCAAAGUGUUAGACAUCAACGACUGUUGGGGUUUGGACGACCACGUGUUUGCGCGCACAGCUGUUUGUAAACGGCUGGAGGUACUGCGGUUGGAGGGAUGCUCUCUUUUGUCAGUGUCUGGACUUGCAGCAGUGAUUGCUGCUGUUCCGGACCUGAAGAAACUUUCUGUAGUUUGGUGCAGCGGGAUCAAGGAUAGGGACUUGUCUGUGGCCUUUGUGGACAGGUUGAGCCGGCUUCAAGAGCUCAAGUAUUCACCCGACGCCUGGCCAGCAGUGCUGGGAGAGGUUUCGGCAGGGAAAGGCGGGGGUGUGUGUUUUAAACACGAUGCACCGUUGCGUUCCCCUAUUCGUGCAAGCUCCUGGAAAUGGUGGCGGUAGGUCGCUGACAGAAUAAAUGCCCGAGGCAGUU